UAAAUAUAUGUGCAUCCUAUAUUUUGUAAAAUAUCAUGCCAAACAGCAUGCAGAGAAAGUAAUCUGUGUUGAACAAUUAUGAUGGCAAUUUUGAAAGAUGACUAGCUAGCUAGCAGCAAGCGUAGCUAGUCUGCUAAAGCGGACCUAUGAAUUGAGCCAGAUAAGUACACCUUAACAGUAGGUGUCAAAAAAUGCCAGCUUAUAAAAGAAGGGUACAAACAGCUGAAGGCCAAACUAAAAAGAGGAAGCUGGACCAGCAGUCAGAGUCAGAGACCAGCAAUGUUCCUGAAACCCCACGCAGGUCACUGCGAGCUGCCGCAUCCCAGAAGAAAAAAAUGGAGGAUCAACAGUCUAAGAAAUCGCCCUCCACAGAGGAGAACACAAGUGGCCCCCGUCAAUCAGCCAAGCGCAGGGGACCAGCAAAGGGUGCAAAGCGAGGGAGGCGGAGGAAAAAUACAGCUGAACAAGGAGCGACUUUAAAGCCAGAGCACUCAAAGGACUCUGGAAUGGCUGUACAAAUCCGAGAGUCAAUUCCGAGAAAGAGAACUAGAAGGAAGAAAGAGAAAAAUGGUGAGGGGACUGUGAUAAAACGUCCUGUUGGUCGCCCUCCAUCUAAUGGGCUAGGGAGCUACAAAAGGAAGUACAACCCAAAGGAGACCAAUAUUUCUGUCAGAUUGGAAUCUACAGGUUUACAGCUGAUACUGGAUCUUAUACAGAUAGAUCACAACUAUGGCAAACCCUCCAAAUUAACAACUUGGAAGCCCGAACCAAUAAAGACUUUAAUCUCUUCAAAUGAGAAACAGGAAACCCAAGUAAUUGAAAGACCGAAGGAGGUAGCCAUAUUGGAGCACCAGUCUGUGGAACCUACACAGGACAAUACAGCAGCCAUAACAGAAUCACAGCAGCAAAUUAAAGGUGAGCCAAAAGAGCAUAAAGAACCAGAUUCUGUGGCUUGCAGCGAGAAUGUGGAAUCUCUUAAGGACAGUCCAGUAACUGCAUCAGAGGUUGGGGAGCAAAUUGAAAAAGUGUCAGAUGUAAACGAAGAGCCACUGACUUUGUCAACUGCUGUUGACAAAGCGGAGGUCCCAAAUCCAGAAACUGCUGCCCCGACUGAUCAGACUACAGAAUCCUUAAAGGAUAUUCCGGUGUCUACCUCAGAGAUGGCAGAGCAAAGUGAAUAUUGUCAGGAAGAGCACAAGGAAGCCCCUGCUGUUUCUACUCUUGAACCGCAGGGAACAUUGGAAGAUGCCACAAAUCCCACUGAUCAGUUGAGACCAGUCCUCGAAGAGCCUAGUACUUGUACUGAUCCACCUAGUUCAGAAGUGACAGCAUCAAGCACUGGUGCUGACUCUCCAGAGGGACCAACAAAUGCACCCUCCUCACCAGAACUGGACUGUUCUUCAGACACACAGCCGAUGCUGGACACAGACGACAUGGAGAUUGAAAUUGAGAACUGUGUGGUUGAAGUGGUGAGUGAGAACCUGCUGGGCUCAACAGAUAACCAGCAUGAUGCACUGGAUAAGGUAGCGCUUGGACUGCUGAGAUCUUCAGGUGCGUCUGGUGUGGUGAGGGCCUCUUCAAAGGACUUAGUCAGUGGGAACAAAGUGGCCGGCAGUAGCCCAGGACAGCCCAAGAAGCAGGCCAUGAACCCUCAGGCCAGGACAAAAGCCCGUCUGGCUGCGCAAGCAGAAGCGAAGGCUGCAGCCUCUAAGAGAGCCGCUCACAAGCAGUUGAACCUGCUGGCCUUGUGUGAGGAGAUAGCUGACGACAUCGCGUCAGACACUGCGCUAAUCAAGGAGAUGAAGAAAGAGAAAGACAUCGUUUCCCAAACUGUAGCAGCACUGCCAUCAUCACCACCAGCAGCAGUAGCCCCAGCAGCUGGGGAUGAAAAGCCUGCAAUGCCUGUGACACAGAAAAAUGAAGCUGAGUCGAAGGAAGCAGAAACAGCUCAGCCCCCUCUCAGCUCCCAAGAGCCCCCUCAGACCAGUGAGCCUGAGCAGAAGGCCCCAGAACCAAUGCCCCAGCCGGAGGCAGAGACGCCUAAGAGACGUUUCUUCUUGAGCCAGAUAACGGUGCCACUGAAGGUCCAUGAGAAGAAGAAGCUGUCACGAUACCAGCGACUUCGGCAGGUAGAGCUCCAGAGGGACAAACUGACGUGGACGCGGGUCAAGAAACUGAAGUCCGAUCAGGCCAGUCAGAACCAGCCUCUCAGAGAGGGGUAUCGGGAUUCAUCUUCUACACCGGUUGCUGCUUCCUCUCUGGCGCCAACUCCUGCUCCUUCUCCUGUUCCUGCUCCAGCUCCAGCUCCUGCUGCUGCCUCUGUUGUUACUGUUCCCCCACCAGCUGCUGCCUCAAAUGUAUCUAGACUUGACCGGACCGCCAAGCAUCCCGUCUCAAAGGAGAAUACCCUAAAACCUCCCAGUAAACCUGAAGCCAAGAGGGUACUCCCUCCAGCCCCCCCUCCUAGACCAAAUGGAGUGACUGGCCCAAAGGCACGCCCUCCAAUAGAAUACAAACCCUAUACUCCCAGGCCAAAGUACUCUGCGGACGACUUUGUGCUGGAUGGUUUAGAUGACGAGAUCCCUAAGCCAGUGGUACCCAGCAAUGGGAAACAUGAGGGUAGUUCAGGACAAACUACUUCCACACAGUCCAAAGGCCCCACGGUGAACGUUACUGAGAAGCAGCUAUGUGUUAAGUCACCUGCAGAUAAUGAGGUAAAGCCACCAGCUCAAACAGAUCAGACAAAGUCACCAGCCGGAGAGAUUGUCCAGGCUAACUGUGGUCCACCGUCUGACACAAAGCUCCAGAAAGAUAUCAAGAAAGAGGCCACCAAAGGAGGCCAGCAGACAACGACCGAGUCUGGUCAGAAGUCCUUUGGAGCUACGGUUUGCAGUGUGUGCGGGAUGCUAUACUCUGCAUCCAGUCCAGAGGAUGAGUCUCAGCACUUGCUUUUCCACAACCAGUUCAUCAGCGCCGUUCGAUACGUGGGAUGGAAGAAAGAGAGGAUUCUGGGAGAGUACCCAGAUGGCAAAAUCAUUCUUGUCCUACCCGAUGACCCCAAGUAUGCACUGAAAAAGGUGGAGGAGAUCAGGGAGAUGGUAGACAAUGACCUGGGCUUUCAGCAGGUCGAGACCAAGUGCCCCUCUCAGACCAAAACCUUUCUCUUCAUCUCAAGUGACAAGAAGGUGGCAGGCUGCCUCAUAGCGGAGCAUAUCCAGGAGGGCUACCGGGUGAUCGUGGAGCCUGUGCCGGAGGGCUCGGAGGGGGAGAAGGUGAUGUUUGAGCGGCAGCGCGCCUGGUGCUGCUCCACCAACCCCGAGCCGGCUCUCUGCGGCAUCAGCCGCAUCUGGGUUUUCAGCCUGAUGAGACGUCGAGGCAUCGCCUCGCGCAUGAUUGAGUGUCUCAGGAAUAAUUUCAUCUAUGGUUCACACCUGAGCAAAGAAGAGAUCGCCUUUUCAGACCCCACACCUGACGGAAAACUCUUUGCCACCCACUACUGCGGCACUUCCCAAUUCCUGGUCUAUAACUUUGUCAGUGGGAACCGUUCAACUUGACCCUGCCUAUGCCCCCUUCAUGUGUGUACUCCCCAGAUCACUGACUGAAUCAUGAUAGUUUUGAGAUGAAGAAAUCAUGGCCUGGAUUUAAAACAAAUGGCAAUUAUGUCUCAAGUCCAUUCUGAAUGGGCUUGACCACAUAGUACUGCAGUGGACACUGCACAGCAAAUCUCACAUGUGUGGGACGGUGCCUCUGGUUUGAAGUGAAAGAACCACGCGAACAGGACGCUGUCUGUCCCUCUGACUGAGAGAGAUCGGCCAAGUGUUUUAACCACUGAGGCUGGCCAAUGAAAUUUGUCUGAACAGCAUUUCAUGUUAUGUUAUCACUUUGCUCUGUGAGAGUCUGAUGAUGUUCACUCAGGUUAAAAUUUUUGAGUGGAUCAUGAACUUCGCUGGGACCUUCCAAAAGGUGUCAUUUACCCCCCCAAGCACAUCAGCAACCCCAAACUGGUUUCCUCUUUCCAAAGUUCAGUCGUGAGACUUUGUACCAACGGUUCAAGACGCUAGCUGUGGGCACCGCCUUCUGGCCGGGAGAGGAGACCCUCACAACUACUUUUAGAAUCUCAGGUUCCAAAACAUCAAUGAGUGAUCUUUUUUGUCAGUUAGGUAAGUUUCCCUUUAAACAACUGUACUGUUAAACAUUUUAAAAGAGAAAUAUUUUCUUGGCAUUUUUUCUUUUUACUAUGACAGACUUUUGGUGUUUUAAAAGUUUACACAGAUGAAAUUGACAGCAAUAGACACAUUUGAUAACGGUAACAUUGCAUAACUGACCUAGUGUACAAACCGGAGAUUAGAGGACAUAGCUACACAAAUAGCUGUAUAAUGUAACCUGUUAAAAAAGUCUAAUAAAAGGCCUCCUGUAA